AUGUCAAGCCUUCUCAAUGCUGCUGCACAACUUUGGCACGCCGUAGCUGGAGACGGCACCCAAGAAGAGCAUGCAAACGAAUCAAACCAUGCAACUACACCACCAAGGAACCUUCUCCCCCCGAGCCCCUUCGCCUCACAAGAGCCCUCUCCUCGACAGACGAACGCCUUAAUAGACCUUACAUCAGCUGAGAGCCACAGUCCAAUUUACGAGAUCGACCUACUACCCAAGCACACAUCCUCACGACUCCAGCACCGCCCUAACAACGGUGAGCGCCGGAAGCUCUCAGACGCAACACGGGUACCGGAUCCUGCGCAAGGAUACCAGGGCCCGCCCGCAAUGAAGAAGCCUGCGGCGGGGAAGGGCUAUCAACCUAUCAACACCCUCAACAGUAAUGCCAUCGCCGACCGCAAUAACCCAGCUUUCGGCCGCAAGCACACAACAACAUACGGCAAGCAUGACCGUAACACGAAAUUGAUCGGCUUGCAGCGAGACCGUGGACAACAAGCGUUCCUGGAGCGAAACCCAAGUCAUAAAUCGGCAACCUCCUACAGCUAUAGCGUGCCGCAGGCUUCGCCACUCAAACGCAGAAAGACUGAGCACCCCAACGUUAAGCACCCGCAUACCGUCCAGGAGAUUGAUGACAGCGAAGAAGACGAGAUCCAAGAGGUGAUACCACCCGCUAGUCAAGCAUCCACACCAAGAGCACGUUCGAUCAUGUCUUCACGAAGUCCCCACAGCACAGCUAGUAAGCAGUCUGGUACAGGGGCGAAACCUGCGUCGCAGCCUAUGAGCGAGUUUGCACAAACCAACAAUCUCCUGAACCCGAAACGUGCCCCAAGCCGCAGACGGAAGAACGUUAAUGCAACCAACAAGAGUCGCAGGGGUUCCCAGGCCGAUGUCCCUUUCCUCGGCGCCGGAAGCCUCUCUCAAGGACAGUCUGCCAAUAUCGCUGACGACGAUAUUAAGCCGCCUGGGACGGCGAGAAAGACGAUUCUUCAGAGCAUCGAGCAAGGCGUGAAGCGCAAUCCAAGUCUGAUCGAAUCGCAGCAUUCGAAUGAACGUGUGACGUCAAAGCAUUUUCCGACGAUGCGCAUCAAUGAGUCAACCGCAGCGGAAACUUACGAUAGAAUUACUAGCGGGGUGAGCGAGUCGGGGUUGACCAGAAAUCUACGCGAGUAUCGACCUGCGGAAAGUCAUAUCCCAGAACUCAAGGGUGAUCCAAUCGAGGGCAGUGAAGACGAGCUCGCGCAGCCAAAUACAUCAAAGUCAAGGCGUAAGCAGUCGCCUUCCACGACUUCACAGAUGAAGCAUAGCGCUGCCGCGCGGAAAAACACCAUUGACAAAUGCUAUCAACUCGAAUAUGCUCGGUCGUAUGGGUUUGGGCCUGAUUGGGCGCAGUUCUCAAUGGAACAUACCGAAAAUCCAAGGAAAUUCCGCAUCUCUGGCCUUGACCUCAACGGCAAUUCAAAAGUCCUGAAGAUACUCGAUCUUGCCAGCAUCAACAGGAUCACAUCAGACAACACGCACAGCAUGAGGAUCACAGGUCCAUCUGUGAACGGUAAUAUGUAUUGGUGCGAUUUGAAAUUUCCCGAAUUCAAAGACUUCAUACAGUUUCGCGACAACUAUAUCAUCCCCGAGGUUGCAUGCAAUGCCCAAUCUAGUGUAUCAAAUGAUAGGGACCAAAUGGAAGAACUGUUCAAGAGGCCGUUGAAGAAGAACGACAAGAUCGGAACAACUCCCAUGGUCAAUGAAGAGGUAUCCUCCAACCAGACACAAAGCGGACAGCGUAGAACGCCCAGAAGCCGCCUAAUUACCGGGAUGACAAGCGACCCGCACACCGCAAGUGAUUCAAACCCUGACGGUCUGACAAAACCUCCCGCAUCCACGCGAGCACAGGCGCGCCCAGCUCGAGCUACUAGAGCAACAGCCUCUAUGCAUGACCAAGAUAUACUCGAGAAUGGAAAAGAGGCUGACAAGUUCUCAGUGAGGGUGGGGUUAGGGAAGCGGUGGCCCAACCAGCUAGAUUUCAACAUUGAGGAAAGUUUCCUCAAACGGCGAAGGUGUACCGUCAACUUCGAUGAUCUCCCCAGAUUGGACGAGGAUGAAAUGCUCAACGACAGCCUCGUCAACUUCUACAUGCUGCAAUCUCCCAGGUAUCUGUACAAUGAGCUCAAAGUUUCGGUUGAUCGGGUGUAUUUCUUCAACACGUAUUUCUUUGAGUCACUCACCAAGAAUACCAAAGGACGAGAUGCUAUCAACUACGAUGCUGUGAGAAGCUGGACAAGGCGAGAUGAUGUGUUCAGCUAUGAUCACAUUGUCGUGCCGAUCAACGAGAAAUACCACUGGUAUCUGGCGAUCAUUUGCAACGUUUCGAACAUUGCUCGAAAGCCCGCCGUUGACGAUCUCCAAGAGGAUUCGCAAGAUCUGGACCGGCCAACGACUGAUGUCCAUACGGCUGGAGCGAAGGUGGAUUCGAACAAUGACACGAUUGCUGAACACCAGGAUGAGAUCGCCGGCAAGACACUAGUUACUGGAGGACCUCUUGUCCAAGAGAUCCUUGACAAUGAUGAUGAGAACCUUUUCGAAGAAGAGAAGAAGCUCAGUCUCAUCGAUCGAGAUGAAGAAAGUGUUGCUGAGAGCCAACAGCCAACUAAGAAGCAAGACCGGUCUGAUGAACAGCAGGUUCAGGAUCAAGUUGCAUCUGCCGCACUUUUAUCAGCACAAGCCGAGGGCACUUCGUCAAUCCUACUAUCAAGUCAGUCGAAACAAGCACUAAAGAAGAAAGGCAAGCAUAGGCCUACAGCCCCCAAAAAAGACCCAGAGAAGCCAGUUAUCAUGAUACUCGAUUCACUAUCUGGAGCUCACAGUAAUGCAACGCGUGCCUUGCGAGAAUGGCUCCAGGCCGAAGGCUUAGAGAAACGCGGCAUGACCGUCGAAAUUGACAAUAAGGGCCACUACCCCAAGUCUGCGCAAAUUCCCAUGCAGAACAACUUUUCCGAUUGUGGCCUUUACGUUCUCGGCUAUGCCAAAAAGUUCUUUGCAGACCCUGACGGGUUCAGGAAAAAGCUUUUGACGGGAGAGAUGUCCGCAGAAACAGACUGGCCAGAUAUGGAUCCCUCGAAGAUGCGGUCCGAUCUGCGCAACCUGAUAUUCAGACUCUAUGAUGCUCAGAAGGAAGCACACAAGGCGAAGAAAGCUGCAAAGGUUAGAGAUGCGCGUAUCUCGCCCACCAAAGUUGGGUCUAAGCGGACCAGCCCCUCUGCACAGCAGUCAAGCGCUGUUGAGGCUGACACCUCGGCCAUCGCACAGGCAGCUACUGACGGGGAGCUGUCAACGGUAACAGCUACGGCUAAAGCUACUACACCUCCAACAGUGACACUCCGCCUUGCGUCUCCAUUCGCUCCUGAGGCACGAACCGACAAGAGUCACCCACACAAUGUUGAAGACGCGAAGAAAGACAAUGUCUCCCACUCUCCUCCGACUGCAAUAUCAUCCCCGACAACAUCCACGAAGACGAUACCUGCAGAACCGAAGCAGGCACCCGUGAAACGUCUAAGUAGUCCAGAGGUUCGUGUUUCUACCAAAUCACUACAUAUUGAUAGUUCCUCUUACAUGCGAUACGAUGGCGCGAUCGAUCAACCACGUCGACCUACACAACAAUCAACUGACUUGACAAGUCCUCUGCAGAAGCAUGGACUGCGCAGCAAAGAUGACGGAAAGCUUCGCAUGCCAUCUUCAAGGAAGACCCAAGAGAGUUCCCCGUCACGACCGCGACGCGAACGCCCGGUGCCUUCGAGCCCUUCACAGCCGCGUACUCGAUCGGGCAGCUACGACGACCCCAUCACACUCGACGACUCGCAGGAUCUCGAUGCGCCUGUUCAGCAGCAGCCGCGAUCGGCAAAGAAGCCUCCACCAAACGUUAUCGAGCUCGAUCGUUCGCAAGAGACCAUUGAUGCGCCGAUUUGCCGUGCCAAAGCUAUAAGCAAAUGCCCACCCGCCCAACGCAGGACUUAUCGGCAAACACUCCAACAUGACGACUCGGUGCAGGAGGGCGUCGGGUACGAAUGGCAGGAGGGCCGAGACGUGACACAUGCUUUGAAAACUUCGCUUGAAGAUGAACGAAGGAGGCUCAGUGAACAAGUGAACAAUCCGCUACAUGAUUCAGAUCGCCCAAUGGAGAAUGUAUACAACGCAGAACGGGUAUACUCGCAGUCCUCACACACCAUGCAGGAGGUGCCAGAGACACAGGCCAUGGACGUCGAUGACAAAGUAAUUAAGGAGACGCCGGGGCGGCAGAGAAGCAGCCCUGGACUAGACGCGGAUCCGAUGGACUGGCAACCGAUGCCCGUCUACAAUGGCAGGUGA